GACCGAGAGCCUCCGGCGCUUCGCGGAGCCGCCCGCGCGCCCCUGCAGGUACCGGGGCUGGGGCCUGGGGCGCGGGUUUCGGAGCCGGGGAGCCCCUCAGCCACGCGGACGGAGCGCCCUCCCCGCGGCCGAGUGCGGCCGGACGCGCUCCCCCAAGUGCCCGAAGUUUCCCUUUGCUGACUUCGCCGGACUUAACUUUGAAUCGUGAGGUGACGCCUCAGAAAACACACGAGGAGGGGAGUCGGUGUGCCGGGGGAAGUUGGUGGUGGACGAAGUGUCGGUGCCUCCUGGCGCCAGAGGCCGCGGCAGGGGAGAGGAAUGGACGGUCGCUAACUCUUCUUCUGCUUCAGUGAGCUGGACAUGAUUUCCACGAGGGUGAUGGACAUUAAGCUUCGGGAGGCUGCAGAAGGCCUUGGGGAGGACAGCACAGGAAAGAAAAAGUCCAAAUUCAAAACGUUUAAGAAGUUCUUUGGGAAGAAGAAGAGAAAGGAGUCGUCUUCUUCCACAGGAAGUAGCACCUGGAAGCAAAGUCAGGCGAAGAACGAGGUCAUGGCCAUUGAGUCAGGACCAGUGGGCUACGACUCAGAGGACGAGCUGGAGGACUCGAGGGGCGCGCUGGGGAGCCGGGCCCUCUCCCACGACAGUAUUUUCAUCCCCGAAUCGGGGCAGGACCCUCCUCGGCCGGUGCGGGUGUUUUCCCAAGAAAACGUGUGUGACCGGAUUAAAGCGCUGCAGUUAAAAAUACAGUGUAAUGUGAAAAUGGGGCCGCCACCUCCUCCCGGGAGCCUUCCAACCAAGCGGGGAGAUGAUGCCGGCAUGAGCUCUGAGGAUGACGGUCUGCCCAGGAGCCCCCCCGAGAUGUCCCUGCUCCAUGACAUUGGUUCCAGCACUACCAUAAAGGUCUGUGUGGUUUCCUCAUCCCGGCCGCAGUCUCCAGACCAGCUCUUCUCCAGGCAAGCGAGCGAAACUUCCGCCUCCCCUAGGACCUCGGACAGCAGCAUGGUGCCCGUGGCUGACUUCGAUUACCCCCCAGAGUUCUCCUCCUGCCUGGACAACUCUGCGGCCAAGCACAAGCUCCUCGUCAAGCCCCGCAACCAGCGGUCCAGCAAGAUGAGGCGGCUGUCCUCGAGAGCACAGUCAGAAUCUCUGAGUGAUCUGACCUGCACCCCAGAGGAGGAGGAAGUCGAUGAGAAACCGCCACUCCAAGUCAGCACGGAGGAGCAGCCCAGUUCUGGGCAGCAGGAGGCAGGUCAGGACGGAGGCUCUGAGCCAGAGAGGCCCGCCGCUGUGUUGCCACCCGUGGGGCCCCGUGUGCGCCGGGCGCGCCUGCAGCACUGCCCGGCGCUCACUGCAAGCACCGAGGAGGAGAGCCCCCCAGGGGAGAACUCCUCCAGCCGCCCGGCCACCCCAGAGGACACCCCGCAGGGCACGCUGGAAGCCACCCUGGAGGUCAUGGAGGUCACGGAGCCCCUAUCAGGCCGAACUCCCCACUCGGAGUCCCCAUCUCGCCCAGAAGGCUCCCCAGACCCUAAUCCCAACAGCGAGAACCAGAGGGAGGACCUGUCCUCGGAAAGCGCGUGUCCCCCAGGUGGGGACACAGCGGAUGAGGCGGUUUGUGCGUCGGGAGACAACCUCGAGGGUCGACUGUCUCCCUGCGUCCCCGAGGGGGACACGACCCCUCCUGAGCCAGGCCCAGCCGCCACCCAGGAGACGCCCCCUGGUCUGGACGGAACAGACAAGGCCGGCCAGAAGGAGCCGCUGCCGGCGCUGGACUUGCCGACGCCAGGGGGUGCAGGGCCGGAAAGCCCGGCGGCGGCCCCGAGCCCGCCGCCCCCCAAGAGCUGCUUGAAGCACAAGGCCCCCUCGCCACCCGCCUCCGCCUCCGAGGCGCCUCCCCAGGCGCCCGCGCCCCGAUCCCCGGAGCAGGGACCCGCCCCCCGGGGGCCCCCAAAGACCGAGCGGGCGGGGUCCCCCUCGGGGGCCGCGGAGCGCAAGACAGAGCGCGGAGGCUGCGAGGCGCGCGGGGCCGCCAAGAAGUUCUCGGUGUCGUCUGGCCGGGAGUGGCCGCGCGCGGGAGGCCGCCUGCUGGAGCCCCGUGGCCCCGCCGUCCGGCUGCCGCUUCUCCGGAGCGGCCCGGCCUGGAAAAGCGAGGCCGCCCUCGACGACCUCCCGGCGCCCCCCGAGCCCCAGGGCCCCAAGCCCGGCCCUCGGAAGCCGCCUACCCCGGCCGAGCGCGGCUCUCCGGACACGGCCGACCCGGCUGCCCAGGAGCGGGCGGCAGGCGGGGAAGGAGGCCCGUUCCCCGUCAAGCUCCGCUCCACGUCUCUGUCCUUCAAACACAGAGAAGCUCCCUGCCCGGAGGGGAAGGCCAUCAAGAGGUACAGUGCGGAGGUCAGGCUGGAGAGAGGAGGGCUGAGCUUGCUGUCCAGGGACGACAAGGGGCCUCCGGGGAGCGGCCCCUCCACCCGAGGCGCCAGGCCCCCCAGUGAGCCGGGGAAGGCCAAGACCCUGCCCACGGAGCAGCUCAGUUCCAAGCCGCCCCUGCCCAGGAAGCCCUUGCUACAGACCCUCACCCUCCCGCAGCUGCCGGCGCCCCCUGACACCAGCUCUGGGGACCCCGAGAAGGUGGGGCUGCCCAUGGAUCCUCGGAAGGAGAGCCGGGCUGAGAGGAGGUCACCGCACAGGGCAGUUGAGAAGGUAGCAGGGCCUGGAACCAACAGCCAGCCCGUGCCUCCGUGGACCACCGUGGGGCGCCAGAAGCGCCGAGGACCUCUGGAGCAGCCCCCCAGCCAGGAAGACAAACCUGCGGCCCGGACCUUGAAGUCUGACACAGGAAGGCCCGCCAAGGUACCUGAGAAAACCCAGGAGCCCGGGAAGCAUGCCGACUUUGUCCGCAGCAAGUCUUUCCUGCUGGCCCCGGCCAAGCCUCCUGCGGACCAGAGGCCGGGGGCAAAGCUCCGCCUCCAGGAGGGCCUGCAAAGAGGAGUCUCCCUGUCCCAUCAGAAUUUGGCAGCCCCGUCGGCAGUGAUGAUGGAGAAAGAAUUGCAUCAGCUGAAGCGAGCCAGCUACAGCAGCACAGAUCAGCCCUCCUGGAUGGAGCUGGCCAGAAAGAAAUCGCAAGCUUGGAGUGACAUGCCCCAAAUUAUAAAAUAGGUUUAACAGUGCUUGGGUAAAGAAUGUCUACUUCCUUGACGAGUCACUUCCUUUCGAACUGCCACUCAAUCAAGGCAAACAAACUGUGAAACUGAAGAGAGAUUUUAUCAUCAGGUUUCGAGAGAUCGAGCUCAGGGAAGAGGGAGGAACCAGGCAAGCAAGUCAGACGGACGCACGGCCCCGGGCCCCAGGCCAGAGACGCCCGAAGACAAGAACACCAUUGAAAAGGGCCAGGGACGAGGUUCUGUGCCCGCAGGUAUGAAUGUGAGUCUUUCAGAAUCCCCCAGAGAGAGAGGGCUCAGGCAGGGAAGAAACUGCGGAUGAAGCGCGGAUACAGAACUCAGGUUGCCUUCCAGGAGAACGUGUGCCCGCGCCUCCACCAGAGAUCAGCUUGUGUCUCUGGGCCCCUGUCCUGCCUGCGGAGUUCGUCUUCUCCUUUCACGUUUACCGUUAGGCAUGACAUUCAUGGUGAAACGCAGACGUUUUUUCCAAGAGCAGCUAUCACACGGUCCGCUUCCCUGAAGGCAGCCACUCCACGGAGGAGUGGAAGGAACACAGCGGGCUCCAUCGAUUCAUAGACUCCUUCCAAAAUUAGUUUGAACAAUGCAUUGCCUGUCGAAUAAAAGGUUUCAGACCUGA